AUGACGACGUGUCUAGCUCGGCCAUUGCUCUUCGUGCGAGGAGGGGGAGCUACGGCGCGGUACACAGCCCGCGCUUACUCUUCCCUCUCGGAGCGUCUACAGCAGGAGCUAACUACGCGCAAAAUCCCCUUGUUCUACGACUACUUGCACCCACAGCCCUCGCACCUACUCAAUCUUUCAUUAUGUGAUCUCCUCCCGAAGACCGUGUCUACUCCCGUAGACCCAAGGAUGACUCUCCCUUCAAUAACGAACCCAGCUCCACUCCCACUCGCCCACCACUUAAUCUACUUCCCGCCACAAGUAACCUUGUCGCAAUUGCUCCCAGAUGGCACAGACGUCCUUCAUACACCGGGAGAUCCCUUCCAUCGAAGGCUGUGGGCUGGUGGAAAUCUGCGAUUUCCGGCUGCGAGCCCAUUGCUCGACGGCCAGCGAGCCGUGUGCAUCGAAUCGAUCCGCAAUGUAUCCGUAAAGGGCCGCGAGGGCGACGAAAAAGUGAUUGUGAGAAUUGAGCGGCGCAUAGGCACAGUACCCGAAGGCGAAGACGAGGCCCAAACGAGGAGCCGCAUAUGGACUGAAGACGAGGCACUCGCGGGCGAGGCGUCGGUGAUUGAGAACCGAGACCUUAUAUUCAUGCGGACUAAGAGCGCGGCGGAGAUCAAGGCGGACCAGGCGCUAUUUGGGGAGCCUGGUCGGAUAGUGAAAGCCCCCUCCGGCGCAACACUUCGACACUCAAUAACACCUAACAAAUCCCUUCUCUUCCGUUUCUCGGCGCUAACGUUCAACGCACACUCCAUCCACCUCGAUAAAAAUUAUACCCAGAACGAAGAAGGGUAUCGCAAUCUUCUAGUCCACGGGCCGUUGACAUUGACACUACUUUUGAGUGUGUUGGAGCGCCAUUUCCAAGAUUCAAGUCUACGGGUUGAACAUAUUGAAUAUAAGAAUCUUGCGCCGCUGUUUGUCGAUGAGAGUUUAACCGUUUGUGGGAAACUUAGGAAGGGCGGAGAAUGGGAUGUUUGGAUUGAAGGGCCGAGGGGUGGGCUUGCUGUGAGGGGGACUGUGAGGACUUGUGGUGUAUGGUAG